UCGCCUCUUGAUACGAUUAGCAGUCCUUUAAUAUUGGAAAUCGGAUGGAAGCUUAGCUAUUGCUUGACGCCGCCAAGCCUUCGGCCUUCCGAGGAUGACGUUUUAGUCUUGAAAGUUGGAGGAAGGACAUUUUACUGCAAUUUGGCCUUAAAACUGCCAUCUGCUUGCAAGUGGACAGGUAGAGUCGGCAAUCUGGCAGAGAGAUUGCCCCUCCAGCUGUGCCUGAUAAUAGUAAUAGGUGAAUAAACGCUCGUGGAAUAAAGGAAGGCGGAGGAGAAAACUUGGGAGCGUUCAGUUCGGUGAGGAUAAGGGAACACAGCUCUCUGCCCGGUAUGCAAGCCGCCCUGGGAAAUCGAUUGGUUAGGUUUGCAUCGCGAGAUUGUUAAUAUUAAUUAUGUGGAAUGAAAUUCUUGAUGAUGCGGAGGAGUGGUGAAUAAGGGUUACGUUGAGGUUUUUGGUUUCAGUCAGGAGUGUGGGUAAGAAAAGUAGAACGUAUUGAAAUUUGGAGAAUGUUGGUGGGCUGAAAAAAAAAAAAGAAACUAAAGAGGCUUUACAGAGAAGCUCACCCAAUGCUUGCCUCGGCCUCGGGGCCCACAGCCGACUAGGAAAGCGGUGGCGGCGCGAUUCUACUCGGCUGAAGCAGGAGUCCGGCCAUGGCAGAGACGGAGAGCGGCGGCGACAGCUCGGUGCAUAAGACUCGUUUCGAAGCGGCCGUGAAGGUGAUCCAGAGCCUGCCCAAAAAUGGUUCUUUCCAGCCAACAAAUGAAAUGAUGCUGAAAUUCUAUAGCUUUUAUAAGCAAGCAACUCAAGGACCUUGUAAUAGUCCAAGACCUGGAUUUUGGGAUCCUAUUGGUAGAUAUAAAUGGGAUGCAUGGAGUUCAUUGGGCACAAUGCCCAAAGAAGAUGCUAUGAUUGCAUAUGUUGAAGAAAUGAAAAAGAUUCUUGAAACAAUGCCAGUGACAGACAAAGUUGAGGAACUGCUACAUGUUUUAGGCCCAUUUUAUGAAAUUGUAGAGGAUAAAAAAAAUAAAGGAUCUGAUCUAAUCACAGAUCCUCACAAAGCUGUGCCAACUAUGAAUGGAAAAUCAGAAAACGACAACAGUGGAGCAGAAUCGGAGGAAGAAGCACAACAGGAAGAAUUGAGAGUUGUCCAGCAGAUUGAUAAAGGACUUUCAGAAGAAGAUAUGAAACAAAAUUCAUCCCCUGAUAAGGACUUAGAUGAUGUGGUUGUUAAUGGCAGUUGUAAUGCUGUUUCUGACAUUGACAUGAGCAAUGGCAUACAGACCAAAUCUAACCUGAAUGGCAUCAGCGUGGAUGAUGAAAUAAAGAAAAGUGAAAAGUGCCUUGAGUUACCAGUCAUCCCUAACUCGGAUUCUAUUCAUCAAGGUCAAAAUGAAGACACCACUGAAGUGUCUGGAAUUCAACUCUUGACAAGUGAUUCAGAUAGUGAAAUAUACUGUGAUUCAAUGGAGCAAUUUGGACAAGAGGAGAUCCCAGAAAUCAGCUCAUCAGUCAAGGAAAUUUCCAGACAUCCAUUAACUUUCUCAGAAGUAGAUCAUAAUAAUGUUAUAGAAACUUCUGGUUUUCUUGAACUUGGAAACCACAAAGCAGAAAGUAUAAAGGAAGCUGCACUUGAAGGAAAGGGUGAAGUCAAGUGUGGCGGUGAAGAUGCCAAAGCAAAUGAUGGAGGCCCUCAAAAAGAGAAGAAAAAUGGUGAAAAGGUUGACUUCUAUGGAGCUCGAAGGGGAAGAGGACACAGAAUGUAUCCUUUAGGAGAUGGUGCCCAAGGUGGACAGAUGGGCAGUGGAGGAGAUGGAGAACGAUGGGGUUCAGACAGAGGACCACGGAGCACCCUCAAUGAACAGAUCGCAAUUGUACUCAUACGAUUGCAAGAAGAUAUGCAGAAUAUUCUUCAGAGAUUGCAUGCACUUGAGACACUCACAACUUCACAGGCAACACUACAUUCAAAUAAUCAGCCUGAGGCACCUGUUAAGAAACCAUCGUGGUGGCCCUUUGAGAUUUCUCCUGGUGCUUUAGCCUUUGCUGUUUUAUGGCCCUUUGUUGCCCAAUGGCUGGUGCAUUUAUAUCUUCAAAGAAGAAGAAGAAAACCGAACUGAGCCUUCCAUUCCUGAUUUUACAUAAGAACUACUGGGAUGGGAAGAUUUUGAAAAAUACCAUAAUUAACGCAGGAACUAUAAGCUCUGGAAUAAUUAAAACAUCCUUGUCUUUUUCCUUUACAUUUUUUCUUUUUCUUUUUGCACUACUGAAGAUUCUAUACUUGAAUGAGACAUCUUUACUAUAUUUCUAAUAGAACAAAUACAACUGUCCUAAGCAAUCAUAUGAACUACAAUUAUUAUGACAAUACCUUCCUGAUGAACAGUUUGUAUAAUGUCUUAGUUUUCAGUUCCUACUGGGGGAAAAAAAGUCUUUAGAAAGGAGAAGAAAAAUCCUUGAAAGCAUGUAUCCCGAGUCCCAAAAUUCCAUGGUACUGUAGCUGUAUAAUUUGUUUUAUAAUGCCAGCAUUUUGGUUAGACAUGCAAUAGAUUGAGUAAACAGUACACCCCCUCCCCAAAGGCUGAAGUAAGCAGAAUUACGAUUGCAUUUAAGAGUAAUAAGUCUAAUUUCUAACUGUUACUAUAUGUGAUAACUUUUUAAUAAAGAAAAGUAAAUGCUUGAGGCUGUUGAUUUUGCUUUCACAGGUGCCACCAAAAUUAUAUA